AUGGAUCCUGACUUACAAAUUGAUAUUAUCACAGAACUGGAUCUUGUGAAUACAACCCUUGGGGUAACACAAGUGUCAGGACUACACAAUGCCAGCAAAGCAUUUUUAUUUCAAGAUGUAGAAAGAGAAAUCCAUGCAGCACCCCAUGUGAGUGAGAAGUUAAUUCAGCUCUUCCGGAAUAAAAGUGAGUUCACAUUUCUGGCCACCCUGCAACAGAAAGCAUCAACUUCUGGAGUGAUACUGUCCAUCCGAGAGUUAGAGCACAGCUAUUUUGAACUGGAGAGCAGUGGCCUACGGGAUGAGAUCAGAUACCACUACAGGUUUAAUGGGAAGUCAAGAACAGAGGUGUUUCCAUAUCGUCUGGCAGAUGGGCAGUGGCAUAAAAUUGCUGUGUCACUUAGUGCAUCCCACCUUCUGCUCCACGUGGACUGCAAUAGGAUCUAUGAACGUGUCAUUGACCCUCCAGAAACGAAUUUGACACCUGAAAGCAAUUUAUGGCUUGGACAGAGAAACAGGAAACAUGGUUUCUUUAAGGGUGUUAUUCAAGAUGUGAAAGUCAUCUUCAUACCUAAUGGAUACAUAAUGCAGUGUCCUAAUCUGAAUCGCACAUGCCCAACCUGCAGUGAUUUCUUAAGUCUGGUGCAAGGAAUCAUGGAUUUGCAAGAACUCCUGGCAAAAAUGACUGCAAAAUUAAAUUAUGCAGAAACAAGACUGAGUCAAUUGGAAGACUGUCAUUGUGAGAAGACCUGUCAAAUAAAUGGAUUGAUUUAUCGAGACAAAGACUCAUGGGUUGAAGAUGAUCACUGCAGGAAUUGCACAUGCAAAAGUGGAGCUGUGGAGUGCAGAAGGAUGUCCUGUCCCCCUCUUGAUUGUCCUCCUGAUGCUCUUCCAGUGCACGUGGAAAACCAGUGCUGCAAAGUCUGCAAAGCCAAGUGUAUCUAUGGAGGCAAAGUGCUGGCAGAAGGUCAACGAGUAUUAACCAAGAGCUGCAGGGAAUGUCGAAAUGGAGUUUUAGUAAAAGUAACAGAGACUUGUCCACCAUUGAACUGCUCAGAAAAAGAUCACGUUCUUCCAGAGAACCAGUGUUGCAGUGUUUGCAGAGAUAUUGAUGAGUGUGCUGCCAAGAUGCAUUAUUGUCAUGCCAAUACUGUCUGUGUUAACUUGCCUGGAUCCUAUCGUUGUGACUGUGUCAUGGGAUAUGUCCGUGUGGAUGAUUUCUCCUGUACAGAGCACGAUGAAUGCGGCAGUGAACAGCAUAACUGUGAUGAGAAUGCAAUCUGUACUAACACUGUCAGGGGACAUAGCUGCACCUGCAAACCUGGAUACGUGGGGAAUGGGACCAUCUGCCGAGCAUUCUGUGAAGAGGGGUGCAGAUAUGGUGGAACUUGUGUAGCCCCUAACAAAUGUGUCUGCCCAUCUGGAUUCACAGGAAGUCAUUGUGAGAAAGAUAUUGAUGAGUGUGCAGAAGGGAUCAUUGAGUGUCACAACCAUUCACGCUGUGUUAACCUCCCAGGGUGGUACCACUGUGAGUGCAGAAGCGGUUUCCAUGACAAUGGAAGCUACUCUCUUUCCGGGGAGUCCUGUGUUGAUAUUGAUGAGUGUGCCUUAAAGACCCACACCUGUUGGAACGAUUCAGCCUGUGUGAACCUGGCAGGAGGGUUUGAUUGCCUUUGUCCAUCUGGACCAUCUUGCACUGGAGACUGUCCCCAUGAAGGCGGCUUCAAGCGGAACGGGCAGGUGUGGACCUUGAGGGACGACAGAUGCUCCGUUUGCUCCUGCAAGGACGGGCGGGUUUUCUGCCGGAGAACAGCCUGUGACUGUGGGAACCCCAGCGCUGACCUCUUCUGCUGCCCGGAGUGCGACACCCGCGUCACCAGCCAGUGCCUCGACCAAACCGGGCACAAGCUCUACCGCAGCGGGGACAACUGGACCUACAGCUGCCAGCAGUGCCGCUGCCUGGAAGGAGAGGUGGAUUGUUGGCCUCUUAUGUGCCCGAAUCUGAACUGCGAGUACACAGCCAUCUCAGAAGGAGAGUGCUGUCCCCACUGUGUCAGUGACCCCUGUCUGGCUGACAACAUCACCUACGACAUCAGGAAAACCUGUCUAGAUGGUUAUGGAAUCACAAGACUUAGUGGCGCUGUAUGGGCAAUGGUGGGAUCUCCUUGUACAACCUGCAAAUGUAAGAAUGGGAACGUCUGCUGCUCGGUGGAGUUAGAGUGUCUCAACAAUAACUGACCUAGUCAGACUGGACUGUGCCGAGGGAGGAAAACUGAUGAAGUUAACACCUGAAAUGAAGUCGUAUGCGUUGGCGUUUUAUACAACGGACAAUUACCAAAGUCUCCGCAUGAGGAAGAUGUUUGGGAGUUGCCUUUGGGACCUCUCACUAUGCUCAUCCUUGCUAGCCGUGUCUGGGUGACCCGCAGUACAGCGCAUAGCACUCAAUGGUUGUUCAAAGUUUUCAGUGUUGUAAAUGACACACUUUUCCUGUCAAGACAUUUGCAAAUCCGUUUAAAUUAUUUCACGGGUAAACUAAUGCUGUAUUUUUGGUUUGAUUUGUGUAUUGACAACAUGAUAGAAUUCAGCUCUUUUUACUUUGGAUCUAGAUUUUACAAAUAAGACAGCCUGGUGUGAUUUUGUCCCAUGAUGUCACAUACUUAGUUCCAAGGUCCCUGUCAGAUGUAUUUAUGAAAAUAUGUAUGUAUGUACAGUCAGAUUGCAUAGUACUUAUAUCUCACAGC